AUGCGAGAUAUUUUACAAGGUACACCACAAGUGUCUGAUGCCAGGAUCGGCCAAACUUGCUCUGAAGCAGAGCUGAUGGAACUUAAGCAACUAGCUAAAGAUUACACAAAGCAAUAUAAUACUUUGGAAAAUAAAAUUUGUCAGCUGCAGGAAGAAAGGGAUUUCUUAUCAUCUUAUUUGGAAAAAGUACUAGCCAAAGUAGAUUCCCUGCAAUCAGUGUCAUCCUCAAUUAGAAAACAGCAUGCAAGCGCAGAGAAAGAAAAAUCUUUGCUAGAAUUAGAAAUUGAAGAAAUUAAAUCAAAGCAUAUUGAAGAAUUAUCAAUAAAAGUAACUGUAAUAGAAGCGGUGGGAAAUAUUAUGUUUGCAAUGAUCAUUGAUGGUAUUGUGGAAGAAAAGUUAAACAAGGCUCACUUGACUAUCAAUCAAUUAAAGAACGAUAAGUAUGAAAUGGCGUUACGAAUAACACAGCUGAAAGCAGAGGUAAGAUUCGUAGAGGAUAGCGAAGAGAAUGCUAUUUUGUCGAAACAGAUAGAAAAAUUACGCGAAUCACUUUCAGCAGAACAAUUAUUAAAAACCCAAGCUGUUAACAAGUUAGUUGAAACAUUAAAUUGUAAGUUACCAAAUGGAUCAAAGGAUAAAGAGAAGCAGCAUUCUAAACAAGGAGAUAAAGAAAUCAAAAAUUAUAGUAAGAUGGUAGCAAAGCUUCAAGCAGAGGUAUCCAAAUUGAAGAAAAUGGAUGUCAGCAUUAAAGGCGGUGAAAUUGAAAGAUUGCAAGCUCAGUUAAAAUCGCUUUCAGAAGUUUAUACAGAUAGAUCUGCGGUGGAAAGAGUUGAAGAUUGGCUGUCAGUAUCCAAUGAAAAGGAUACUAAGAAAUAUGACUGGAAAAAGCAGGUUAAUUACUUACGUUUCCAGGUUCUUAAUUAA